UUGCCAACAUCGAGCCCUCUGUCAUACACAACGGUGCUCACUGGCGUGCCGGGAAGUUUCCUCGGGGCGCAGACUUCCACUUUGCCUGCUGGUACCAACGGAAUCGCGACUGUGGUUAUCCAGACUGCUCUCCCAACAGCCAGCCCUUUGUCAUACACCACUCUGUUCACGGGAAUCCCAGGAACCUUCUUGGGCUCGCAGACUUCAACCCUUCCUGCUGGCCCCGAUGGUCUCGCAACCGUUGUCAUCCAGAGCGCCUUGCCAACCGGCAGCCCAGUUUCAUACACCACAUUGCUCACUGGCAUCCCGGGCACAUUCUUGGGCUCACAGACGACUACGUUGCCUGCUGGCCUCGAUGGACUUGCAACGGUCAUUGUUCAGACUGCUCUGCCUACAGCAAGCCCCGUCUCAUACACGACCUUGCUUACCGGAGUACCAGGCACCUUUUUGGGCGCGCAGACAUCAACG